AACGUCAUGGUGGUGUUUGGGAAAUUCCUAAAUAGGCAAUCUGAUUGAUCGCAGCUGCAAGUAAUAUAAGUGCAGCGGUGACACAAAACUUAAAAGGAUAACUCAAUUCGCCCCGCCGGCGUUCAUCACUGCCCGAGGGCUGGUUGCCAACACGAUUUGUUUACGUUUGACCCCGAAAUCUGCCUAUGAUCUCAUACAUGUCAAGAGAACUUUAAUAAUUUUUGUUGCUGUGCCUUUUUUUUGAAAACUAUAUAAGUGGUCCUCAACAACCCCAAAUCACAACUCUCUCACCAGUUACUUCCACAACUACACAAUAAACAUGUCUCUUCAAGUCCUCAACAACCCAAUUGCCUUGGCUUCCUUGACCCUCCUCCAGCUUGGUGUUUCCAUGGCUGCAAACAACAACGGUGGUCUCGACGAAGGAAACCAACAACAGGCCGCAAAGCAAGACACCACACAAGCGAACAACGAGAAGACAGCCACUGAUGCUAAGGAAACUGCUAAGGAGACUGCUGAGACUGCUCAGCAAACCAAAGCUGAUGCCACUGCCCAAACUGCUACCGGCACUGGAGCCACCACCCAGUGGUGGACUCCCCAAACCGCAGCCACUGCCACCGCAACCACUGAUGCCAAAGCUGCUUCCAAGGAAACGGAUACUGGAGCCACCAGCCCUGCCACCUACAACCAGUUCGGAUUCACUGGCUCCCAAUCGGUGUGGGAAGCGCCUUCCACCCUUUCUUCGGUUUCUGGAUCCUCUGUCUCAGGAUCCUCAUCGCUGGCAGCCCACUCCAUUCAAAACAAGACCACUUCAGGUGCAAAUGCUGUCAGGGGAGCCUUCCUCCCAGACAAGGAUAUGUCGUUGCAAAGAGCACUCUACAUCGGUGGAUUUGUGGGUUUGACUGCCCUUCUCCACGCGUUGUGAUUGGACGCUUUCUCCGCUUGCAUUUACCCAUCAUUUAGUUCCCUGUAUAGUAUUAAUUCAAUCUGUGUUAUUUAAGGUUUGUAACGGUUGUUUUAGACCGUUGGAAUGCAUUGGAAUGCGUUGACGAGUAGUUUGCGCGACUUGCUUUUAGACGGUGUUUCAAA